GUGCAGCAGCCCGUCUGUGUCGCUCUGCAACUCUCUCAAGGUGAUAAAAAAUGAGCGCCCGGACGGCGUCCUGCUGACUUUUGGAGGUCAGACUGCACUGAACUGCGGUGUAGAGCUGACCAAGCUGGGCGUUCUGGAGAAAUAUAAAGUGCAGGUUCUGGGAACUCCUGUUUCCUCCAUUGAGAUGACCGAAGACAGGAAAAUCUUUGUGGAGAAAAUGGAAGAGAUCAAUGAGCAUGUAGCUCCCAGUGAAGCAGCUCUGUCGGUGGAACAGGCGGUGGCGGCUGCUGAGCGUCUUGGCUACCCCGUCUUGGUUCGUUCAGCGUUCGCUCUCGGAGGCCUCUGCUCCGGUUUUGCCAACAACAGAGAGGAGCUGACCUCUCUGGUAACGGCAGCAUUCGCUCACACCUCUCAGGUGCUGGUGGACAAAUCCCUGAAAGGCUGGAAGGAGAUUGAGUACGAGGUGGUCCGGGAUGCCUAUGACAACUGUGUGACUGUGUGUAAUAUGGAGAACAUCGACCCACUGGGUAUCCACACUGGGGAAUCCGUUGUAGUGGCUCCCAGUCAGACGCUUAAUGACCGCGAGUACAACAUGCUGAGAAACACGGCCAUUAAAGUCAUCAGACAUCUCGGCAUCGUGGGAGAGUGUAACAUCCAGUACGCUCUUAACCCCGAAUCUGAACAGUACUACAUCAUUGAGGUGAAUGCCCGCCUGUCACGGAGCUCUGCUCUGGCCAGUAAAGCGACUGGUUAUCCUUUGGCCUACGUAGCAGCUAAACUUGGUCUGGGGAUCCCGCUGCCACAGCUCAAAAACUCAGUGACAAACUCAACGACAGCAAACUUUGAGCCGAGUUUGGAUUACUGUGUGGUGAAGGUGCCUCGCUGGGAUCUCAGCAAGUUCCUCAGGGUUUCCACCAAGAUAGGCAGCUCCAUGAAGAGUGUUGGGGAGGUGAUGGCUAUUGGUCGUAGCUUUGAGGAAGCCUUCCAGAAAGCUCUGAGGAUGGUGGAUGAGAACUGUGUUGGCUUUGACCACACCAUCAAGCCUGUCUCUGAAAAGGAGACUCCUACAGAUAAGCGUAUCUUUGUGCUGGCGGCAGCAUUCAAAGCUGGCUACACUGUGGAAAAGCUGUAUGAGCUGACCAAAAUCGACCGCUGGUUCCUGCACAUUAGGAACAAGAGUGAGCUGCUGCCCACCGUGCAGGCCCUGGAGUCUUUGGGAUAUGACCUGUAUGCCAGCAUGGGCACGGCUGACUUCUACACAGAGCAUGGAGUCAAGGUGACUGCAAUCGAUUGGCCGUUUGAGGAGUACGAUAGCGAUGAAUGUGCCACCAAAGAGAAGCAGCGCAGCAUCAUGAACUACCUGGAGGAGAACCACUUCGACCUUGUCAUUAACCUCUCCAUGAGGAACAGCGGAGGUCGAAGGCUCUCCUCCUUUGUCACCAAAGGCUACAGGAGACAAGCUAUGCAGACAAACUAGU